UUUUGACUCUUUCGUAGCUACACUUUCCUUUUAUCAGUCACCGAUCCGGGACUCGCACCACUCCAACUACCAUAAAAAUGCAUCCACCGUCGAGUUCACGGCGGCGCCUCGACGGAGGUGGCGGACUGGGCCUGGCGGCCAUCGCGUACGUAAGCAUAGAUUACCUCCGCCACCUUUCACCGGCGUGGCACGAGCGACUGCAGCCCGCUCUCUGGGUCGUCCUGGCCGUCGCUGUCAUUGUUCGCGUUCCCUUCUACAGGCACUGGUCCUUGGAGCUCCGCUCAGCUCUUCCCUUCAUAUUCUCCAUGCUCUUCAUGCUCUCUGCUCUCCUCUUCGAAGCCAUUUCUGUUCGGUCCGUCACUGCUGUACUUGGUCUCGACUGGCACAAUGCUCAAUCGCCUCUUCCUGAUGUUGGCCAGUGGUUGCUGCUGGGAUUGAAUGAGAAACUGCCUCAAACAGUAGUCAAUAUACUGAGAUCUCGUGUUAUCGGGUUGCACCAUUUCCUGAUGUUGUUUAUAAUGCUUGGCUUCUCCGUAUUAUUUGACUCGGUUGAAGCUCCUGGUCUGGGGCUGGGUGCAAGAUACAUGUUCACGAUGGGUAUUGGACGGCUUCUUCGGGCCAUAGCGUUUGUGUCUACAAUUUUGCCAUCACCACGUCCUUGGUGUGCUUCUGCUCGGUUCCAAGUCCCUCCAUACCCUCAUCCUUGGGCUCAGAAAUAUUAUGUUCCAUAUGCUACAGAUUCUAAUGCUAUACGCCAUAUCAUUCAUCAUGAUAUUGCUUAUGCAGAUCCAGCGGAGUACAAUGUCGACUUCCAACCAGAUUGGGGUUCUAUGAGCUUUCUCGCUAAUUUUCUACGACCUACAGCUUCUGAAGGAUCAUCUCCGUGGUACCAUCUGCUAAAAAAAGCUGGGGGUGGGUGCAAUGACCUCCUAUACAGUGGCCACAUGCUUGUUGCAGUUUUGACAGCUAUGGCAUGGACAGAAGCUUACGGAGGUUUAAGCUCAGCUGUUAUCUGGGUUCUUGUACUGCACAGUGCCCAAAGAGAAAUUAGAGAACGGCACCAUUAUAGUGUGGAUUGUCUUGUAGCCAUCUACAUGGGCAUCUUUCUAUGGAAAAUGACGGGUCUUUUCUGGCCAAUCAAAGAUGCCUCCAAAUAUAGGAGGCUGAAAAAGCUCGACAAAAUUCAAAAUCGACUAAUACAAGCUGCCAAAGACUCUGACAUGGAUCGAGUGCGAGAACUUCUGGAAGAGGUGGAGUUUAGUGGUCAAGUGAGCCAGAGACCUAAAAGUCGGGUUUUGUGGUUGUUUGCUGCUGCUACAAUCUUCUUUACACUUGGUAUUGUUCUUCUUGCCUUCUCAUUGACAAGUGAUGGCUAAUUUUCUGCCAGAUUCAUGGGACACGUUUUCCCAAGAAAUCGAUGAGACAGAUUUAAAUUUCACUCACAUUUAAUCCCAAUGUAAGAACUCGGUGAGGACUUCAAUUCUCAAGGUGCUUUGAGGAUUUAGAAACUGCACAUGAUGUUUUUUUCCCCCUCUUGUUUCGAGGACCAAGAAAUGUCUGCUACCAAGGUUUCCACUUGAUGACAUCGAGAUACGUGUAAAAUUAACAUGUACUGAUACGAUUCCUUGUCAUUCAUAUGUUUUGCAUUUAAAAUUUCAUGCAUUUGCCUUUUGUAACACCUAUUAUGAAGGGUGAAACUUGUGGUGUCGUUUCAGGAUGUUCUUCCUUGUGCAAAGGUGCCAAGAUGAAAUUACCACACCCCUAGCAGUUUAUGUUGAAUCGUGUUGUUGAACCA